AAACAGAAUGCGCAAUGCAAAUUGUGAAAUAUAAAUUUGUUUUGCUUGGCGGCAUUCGUGCUCUCUCUCAAAUACUACACAUGAAGCGCAACAAAAACAGCAGCGCAGCAGGCGGCGCCAAGAAGAAGCCGAAAAAGAACGAAAGCAGCGGCAGCGAUGAGGAAACAUCAGUUACAAUAGCCACAGAAAAAAAGACCAAGCCAAGCUACAACAGCUUUGAGCAAUUUCUCAGCCACAUGCAAGCGCAACGCGUUGCGACCGCCAGAGAUGUACACGAUUUCGCCUUUAAAAAGAAACGUGUGCGCGUCCUAAGUACCGUUAGCGAUGUGAAGGAGCAGUCCAAAGGCGGCGUCGUCUAUUGGAUGUCACGCGAUGCGCGCGUGCAGGACAAUUGGGCGCUGCUGUUUGCUCAGCGUCUGGCGCUGAAGCUGGAGCUGCCGCUGACGGUGGUCUUCUGUCUGGUGCCCAAGUUUCUAAAUGCCACCUUGCGGCACUACAAGUUCAUGCUAGGCGGGCUGCAGGAGGUGGAGCAGCAGUGUCGUGAGUUGAACAUCUCCUUCCAGCUGCUGCUGGGUCCGGCUGCGGAGCGUUUGCCGGAAUUCGUGACAGCCGAGGACAUUGGCGCGGUGAUCUGCGACUUUGCGCCCUUGCGGCUGCCGCGUCAAUGGGUCUCGGAUGUGGUCAAGGCCUUGCCGGGCCAUGUGCCGCUCACCCAAGUCGAUGCACACAACAUUGUGCCGCUGUGGGUGACCUCCGAGAAACAGGAGUAUGCAGCGCGCACCAUACGCAACAAAAUCAACUCGAAAUUGGGCGAAUUUCUCAGUGAGUUUCCGCCCGUCAUCAGGCAUCCGCAUGGCAGUGGGCAGGGUAAAGAAUCCACUGAUUGGACUGCUGCCCACGCGCUGUUGACCUGCGACAAGACCGUGGAUGCGGUGGACUGGGCCAAGCCCGGCUAUACGGCUGGCUGCCGCCAGCUGUACGAGUUUUGUACGCGACGCUUGCGACAUUUCAAUGAGAAGCGCAAUGAUCCCACGGCCGAUGCACUGUCCGGACUCUCGCCCUGGCUGCAUUUCGGUCAGAUAUCGGCACAGCGCUGCAUUCUGGAGGUGCAGCGUUAUAGUGCCAUGCACAAGGCAUCGGCGGAUGCCUUCUGCGAGGAGGCGAUUGUCCGUCGCGAGCUGGCCGACAACUUUUGCUACUACAACGAGCACUACGAUAGCCUGAAGGGUCUGCAUGACUGGGCAUAUCAAACGCUGCAGGCGCAUCGCAAGGAUAAGCGCAGUCCGUGCUAUACGCUCGAGGAAUUGGAGCAAGCGCGCACCUACGACGACCUGUGGAACUCGGCACAGCUGCAGCUGGUGAAGGAGGGCAAAAUGCAUGGAUUUCUGCGCAUGUACUGGGCCAAGAAGAUAUUGGAGUGGACGGAAACGCCGGAGCUGGCAUUGGAAUACAGCAUACUGCUGAACGACAAGUACAGCCUGGACGGACGCGAUCCCAAUGGCUAUGUGGGCUGCAUGUGGUCCAUAGGCGGUGUUCACGACCAAGGCUGGAAGGAGCGCGACAUCUUUGGCAAGAUACGCUACAUGAACUAUCAGGGCUGUAAGCGCAAGUUUGAUAUUAACGCCUUUGUGAUGCGCUACGGUGGAAAGGUGCACAAGUAGAAGGAGAAUUAAAGCUAAUUACAAUGCGCAA